AUGGAAAUAAUUGAUGCAUUAAAUGCAUUGUCAGUUACAAAUGUCAUGGUAUACUUCUUAAUUACCACCUGUCACGCUGGUGCUUUAAUGGCUAAACUAGCUGCCAGAACAAAUCUUAACUUCACCCAUGUUAUUAUUGUCGCAUGUUCAGCUGACCGUACUACUAGAAAUGGUAAUCUUCGUAGUGUUCUUACCAAUGUUAAUAGAACAAAUGCAACAACAAAUGCAAGAGGUCCGCCAGCUACCUACGCUCCUGGAAAUACCCUAAGAAAUCCUUGGCUAUUCUCUCCACACUCACCACAAUUAAUUGAAUACUUGUUGAAGGUUGCAAGAUUUGAAGUAUCUCCACUUUCAAAAUGUAUUCUUUCAUCAAAAUGUUUACAACUUGAGAAUGGAGAUGAUUCAACUUGUCAAUCAUGCCAAUGUCACCAUGCUCCUCUUCACUCUGAAUGUUCAUUGGUCUAUCACAAUCAAAAUCUUGCAUUUGAAUACAUCUAA